AUGGUUCCCUCUGCUCCAAUGGUGGAUAACGAGUACGGGACGAGGAAUAAUGUGGUGGAGGUGAAAGAGUCUGACUUCAACUUCCUCAAUGCAUUGGAACAAGACAUUGCUAACAGCAAACACAAAGCCGACUCAACUGGACCCGGCUCUGAUACAGAGAGUCGGACGCCGCCAGGCGAGUAUGGAUGCUUCAUCCCGGAGUCACCAAAGGACAUAUACGCCCACCUCGACUUGGCGUACCCACGCAAGUCGCAUCAAACGCCACCCGCUCCGGGAGUUGGCUCCAUCACGCAACCACCUCUAUUGCCUCCUCAACUUCUUCAGGUUUGUUUCUCCUCUUCUGCCUACCUCCACUUUUGA